UCAACAAGGGGGAUAUCAAUCAAUUUUGUUUUCACAGAAUUUCAAAAUACAAUUUUUGAUUUUCAACUAAAAAUGUUAGUAUAUUGUUUCAUAUUCCUACUUCUAAAUUCAAAAGUAAAUGGAUCUUCUCUUCAAAAUGAGACUGAAACCAUUGGAAAGUGUGAUUUACUAGUUGGCCAAUUGUUAAGUGUCUUGACAUCAGCUUCAGAUUUACAAGGAGAAGUUAAUAUUGAUAGUUUUGAGAAAGUAUCUUCAAAGUACACGGCUGUUACUGAGUGCUACGGAACGCUUAAAAGUGCGUCAGCAAAACGACUGAAACAACUAUACAAUUGGAGAUGGGAGAAACAUUACUUUUAUGCAUUCAAAAUGGUGGAGUGUUUUGGAAAAAUAAUUAAUGACCAGUUUUCUGGAAAUGAUUCAAAGUGUGAUUAUGAUAUUACUACGAAUAAUUUAACCAAAAAACGCGAAACGCUUGUAUCUGGAAAGUUAUGUAUUCUAAGUAUUGCAAAAGAAAUGUGUCACUCUGCUGCUUAUAGUUAUCUGAAAAUCCACUAUAAUUUGUUGUCAGAUACUUUAUCAAUUAAGCCAGAAAAUGAUAAUUGUGAAAGUCUCCAUUCUGAAUUGAUCCGUGAACAGUGUGAAUUGGUAGAAGCAAAAAUUAUGAAUUUUUCAAGAAAAACGGAUGAUGAAAGUCUGUCUGCAAAUAAUACGAUUAGUGCCGAAAGUGGGCAUCUCUGCGAGGUUCUACAGCAAUGCAGAGAAGAUGAGUGCAACUUUAUUAAUCCUGAAAGGGAAUUCGAGAUUUGUGGAGUUUUCCCAUCAAAUGAUACAGAAACAAGUGGAAAUUCAACAAUUAUUGAACUGUAUGGAGCGUUACGUUCCCCCAUUCAAGUCAAUUCAGAAGUUGGAACAUGUGCAUCAAUUGUCGAUGAAUUUGCAUUUAUUGUUUCUGAAAAUACGAUUAGUAGUUCUCCUGCUUAUGAGUACACUCUUGAAAUCUGCAAAAAUGCAGUGGAUUGUUAUAAUUCCCUUGGAAAUGAAACCGCUGAAGAAAUGGCAAAGUCAUAUUUAGCGAUUUGUGACAGAUAUCAACCAACAGGAUAAUAAGUUUUCAUACAGCAUUUUCGCAGAUAAUUAAUAUACCAUAUUUUUAAAAUUUACAAAAUUAUUUAAAAUUCAAAAGUUUUCAUGAAUAAAAUUCCUCAGAUUU